UGCGCCCAGCCCCUCUGCGGGCACCUGCACUGCCCAAACUGCAGUGUUUGCCCUCACCCUGCCAAGGACUGGGUGAGCCUGCUCACUCCCAGGGGAGAAACGCUCCAGCCCUGCUUCCCGGGAACUGCACAGGGCUGCCAACUGCAAAUCUAUCCACAUCCACCCAGCCCCGCAGGCUGCUUGCAGCUGGGACAGGCGGUGCCAGGUGGGACGCAGGGAGCCACAUGGGGCACAGCAUGGAGGGACAUGGGAGCCGGGUGGGACAUGGGGUGCUGGGCAGGGGCUGAACAGUGUGGCACCCCCGAGCAGGGAUGAUUUGCAGGGUGCCCGGGUGCUGGGCGAGCACAGCCUGGUGGUGUUGCUCUCGAGUGCUGCCCUGCUCCCUUCCCUGCCGCUUCUGGGGUUGAGUGUGUUGGUAAAGGCUGGUGCCCCCGAGCAGUGCCUCCCGGACAGGGCAGUGGUGCAUCUGGGAUGUCCCCUGUGCCCGGACGUGAGGUGCCUGCCCUGUGCCGGGCUCCGGCCCUGUGCUGGGCACACGAUGUCCGUUCCGGGACCCCCUCUGCCCGCCCCAAAGCCAGCAGCCCAGGGGUUAAGGUGACGAGCAGCGGUUCAGGUUACUUCCCCUGGAGUUCGGGGAGGAAACUUUCCUCCCGCUGCCGCCCGAGCUAACGGGGCAGCGGCAGCGGGGCGGUGAGCAGCGGUCGGCGCACCGACGGGAGUCCCGGCGGCCCCGUUUCGCCGCGGCUGAACGCGGGGCGGGCCACACUGCUGCCCUGGAGGGAUGCCAGGAGCCCUGGCCCGGAGCCAUGCCCGCUCCUGUGCCCAUCCCUGGAGGUGCAGCCCUGAGCUCCCGCAGUGCCUCAGUGCUUGGGAUUAGCGCAGCUGCGGUGCGGGGAGGCGGGUGGGUGGAAGGCUCAUCCUGAGCCUCAUGGUCUUUUAAUUGUUCACCCAUUAACUUGGACUAAUAAACCCUGUGGAAGCAAGAGGCUAAAAGCCGUGCCAGCCCAGCACAGCUCCUCUGCACGCCGCUCUGCAGCCUCGCCAUGGCAGCCGGCUUCUUCAUCAGCAAGAGCGUGGGCAUCGUGGGCAUCGUGCUGGCGCUGGGUGCCGUGGCCACCAUCAUUGCGCUGUCUGUGGUGUAUGAACAGGAGAAGAACAAAUCAUCAGGAGGCAGCGGCAGCACCGGCACCACCACCACCACCACUGCCAGCACCACCACUGCCCCCGACAACCCCUGGAACCGCUGGCGGCUGCCGACGGCGCUGAAGCCGGAGAGCUACGAAGUGACGCUGCAGCCCUUCCUGACGCCCGAUGCCAACAACAUGUACAUCUUUAGAGGCAACAGCAGCGUGGUCUUCACCUGCGAGGAAGCCACCGACCUGAUCCUGAUCCACAGCAACAAGCUGAACUACACGCUGCAGAAUGGCUUCCACGCCUCGCUGCACGCGGUGAACGGCUCCACACCGCCCGCCAUCAGCAACACGUGGCUGGAGACCAACACACAGUACCUGGUGGUGCAGCUGGCCGGGCCGCUGCAGCAGGGCCAGAGCUACCGCCUCUUCAGCAACUUCACCGGGGAGCUGGCCGACGAUCUGGCUGGAUUCUACCGCAGCGAGUACACCGAGGGCAGCGUCACCAAGGUGGUGGCCACCACACAGAUGCAGGCCCCUGAUGCGAGAAAAGCCUUCCCCUGCUUUGAUGAGCCGGCCAUGAAGGCCGUCUUCACGGUGACGAUGAUCCACCCCUCCGAUCACAAGGCCAUCUCCAACAUGCCUGCCAACAACACCUACCAGCUGGAGAUGGAUGGGCAGAGCUGGAACGUCACCCAGUUCAACCCCACGCCCAAGAUGUCCACCUACCUUCUGGCCUUCAUCGUCAGCCAGUUUGACUACGUAGAAAACAACACUGGGGAGGUGCAGAUCCGCAUCUGGGGCCGCCCCACAGCCAUCACUGAAGGGCAGGGCGAAUACGCACUCGAAAAGACCGGACCCAUCCUCAGCUUCUUUGAGAGGCACUACAACACGGCAUACCCGCUGCCCAAGUCCGAUCAGGUCGCCCUGCCCGACUUCAACGCGGGCGCGAUGGAGAACUGGGGACUGAUCACCUACCGGGAGAACUCGCUGCUCUAUGACAAUGCCUACUCCUCCAUUGCCAACAAGGAGCGUGUGUUGACCGUCAUCGCCCACGAGCUGGCCCAUCAGUGGUUUGGGAACCUGGUGACGCUGCGGUGGUGGAAUGACCUGUGGUUGAACGAGGGCUUUGCCUCCUACGUGGAGUACCUGGGCGCAGACUCAGCAGAGCCCACCUGGAACAUUAAAGACCUGAUGGUGCUGAAUGAAUUGCACUCGGUGAUGGCGACCGAUGCCCUGACCACCUCCCACCCGCUCACCUUCAGCGAGGAUGAGAUCAACACCCCAGCAGAGAUCAGCGAGGUCUUUGACAGCAUCGCCUACAGCAAGGGAGCAUCGGUGCUGCGGAUGCUCUCUGACUUCCUCACUGAAGACGUGUUCAAGGAGGGGCUGCAGUCCUACCUCCACACCUUUGCCUAUGGAAACACCGUGUACACAGACCUGUGGGACCACCUGCAGAAGGCUGUCGAAAACAACGGCGUGCCUCUGCCCAACACCAUCAGUAACAUCAUGGACCGCUGGACGCUGCAGAUGGGUUUCCCUUUGGUGACUGUCAACACACUCAAUGGCAGCAUCAGGCAGAGCCACUUCCUUCUCGACUCCAACUCCACAGUGGAGAGACCUUCUGUGUUCGACUACACCUGGAUUGUCCCCAUCACCUGGAUGACGCCUAGCAGAACUGGGGACAGGUAUUGGCUGGUGAACGUCUCAGACACCAACACCGACUUCAGUGUGGGCAGCUCCACCUGGCUCCUGCUGAACCUCAACGUCAGCGGCUACUUCCGCGUCAACUACAACCAGGAGAACUGGGAUCAGCUCCUGCAGCAGCUCUCCAACAACCACCAGGUCAUCCCCGUCAUCAACCGGGCGCAGAUCAUCGAUGAUGCCUUCAACCUGGCCAGGGCACUGCAAGUCGAUGUGACGUUGGCACUGAAUACCACGCGCUUCCUGAGUGAGGAGACAGAGUACAUGCCUUGGCAGGCAGCGCUCAGCAACCUGCAGUACUUCCAGCUGAUGUUCGACCGCAGCGAAGUGUUCGGGCCCAUGAGGAAAUACAUCCAGAAGCAAGUGACUCCGCUCUUUGAGUACUACAAGAGCGUCACCAGCAACUGGACAAUCAUCCCUGGCAACCUGAUGGAACAGUACAACGAGAUCAAUGCCAUCAGCACAGCCUGCUCCUACGGCAUCACUGAGUGCCAGGAGCUGGCCACUGAGCUCUUCAACCAGUGGAAGAACAACGUCAGCAACAACCCCAUCACCCCAAACCUGCGCUCCGCCAUCUACUGCAGCGCCGUGGCCACAGGCGGGGAGGAGGCGUGGGACUUCAUAUGGGAGCGCUUCCUCGAGGCUCCUGUGGUGUCCGAGGCCGACAAGCUGCGCACGGCCCUGACCUGCAGCACUGAACCCUGGAUCCUCCAGCGGUACCUGCAGUACACCCUUGACUCCACCAAGAUCCGCAGGCAGGACGCCACCUCCACCAUCAACAGCAUCGCCAGCAACGUGGUGGGGCAGCCGCUGGCCUGGGACUUCAUCCGAGGCAACUGGAAGACACUUUUCAGCCAGUACGGCGGCGGCUCCUUCUCUUUCUCCCGGCUGAUUACAGCCGUCACCCAACGCUUCAACACGGAGUUUGAGCUGCAGCAGCUGGAGCAGUUCAAGGCAGACAACCAGGACGUCGGCUUCGGCUCGGGGACGCGCGCCCUGGAGCAGGCGCUGGAGCGGACCAGGACCAACAUCAACUGGGUGAAUGAGAACAAGGAGGUCGUGCUCGCCUGGUUCAGCGCCGAGACCGCCUCCAGCUAAGUCUGCUCUGCGCACCGCCGCGCCGCGGGGUCCGCCGUCGCUCCCCGAAGCCGCUCCGGCCGCUCGCCCGCUCCGUCCCCGUCCUGCGCCCACCCCGGAGCGCUGCCGCCCGCCGCCCCGGCC